UUUCUUCAAUCUAAUAAAUCAAUCUCUACUCUUUCUCAUUCCAGCGCAUCCCAAAAACAAGCAAUUGAAUAAUACAGGAAUGAAGUAAAAACAAAAUAGGGAUUGAAUGAUUGGCCCCUCAAUCUGUUGACAAGAUUUUACCCUUCUUUUGGCAGAGAUGUGGACAAGAAGGAAAAGCUUUAAUAAUUUUGGCUUACAGUGUAAAACUUUGAUUGUUGAGAGAGCAAAACGGGGUUAAAUGUAAAAAAAAGAGAAAAGAACUGGAUAAGAAGCGAGUAGCCAAUAGGAAGGCAGAUCCGAAUCUAUAAAGUCAACAACGUCGAACUUGAACGGUCCUUUCUCGGCUCUGACGAUACCCUGUGUGGAAAUUACCAUCGUGCCCCUCCCCUCUUUCCCCCAAUCCUUCGCUGUUUCUCAAAUACAUACCUACAUACCUCUCUCGUCUCUCCUUCUCUCAUUAAUUUCUCCUUUCCUUCAAUGGAAGACCGCUCCCACUCACUGCCUCACUACUCCCACCCGCACUCCGAAAACGUCACCUCAGCUCACGAUCACGUCACCGAUGCCGGCGGAUCCACCAACGGAGCUAGGUACCGCCUCAUGUCCCCGGCCAAGCUCCCGAUCUCUAGGUCUACUUGCAUUACUAUUCCUCCCGGUCUCAGCCCGACCUCCUUCCUCGAGUCUCCCGUUCUUCUCUCUAACAUUAAGGUCGCCUUUCCCUUCUUUUCAUUUUCCUUUUUCUACUUUUAUCCCCCUCUCUUUUUCACUUGUCUAGUCCUUGAGUGAAUUUAUGCACUAGUUUAGCAGGACAGAUUCAGAUUCGGAUCCGGUACCGAGUUUAAUGUUGUUUCAAAUGUGGAAUAAAAUUGAAAUUCAACCUCUGUUUCCUAAUUAGGUUAUUAACCGCUCUGUCAUAAAGCAUUCUGCCGAAAAACACACAGCUUUGCCGUUCUUGGUCGCGUGAAUUGUGUGUUUUUAGUUUCAGUCUGAAAGCAUGCUGUUAUACUGACGCCAAAGUAUGAUUUUCUGGGUUAUUUAAUUGGAAUUAGUGGGUGGAUUUCAUUAUUGAUUUGACGUUGGUUCGUUUUCAUCAUCAUGGUGUCGUUGAAAAAUACGUCUUUUCCCAUUGAGUGCUAGUUUGAGAAUAUUAAUCGUUGAGUGAAUAAUAUAUGUGUCCAGUUGCGUGUGUUUCGGGACCCAUGGAUUCUGAUGCUCGCAUUAGGGUGUAUUUUAUUGGUUUCUAGAUGGAAUUAUCUUUAGCAACUUUAAACCUUUUGUGGAGACUUGGCAAUAUGAAUCUUUUGAGCUAAUGGAGCCUGAAAUUGGAAAGACAUGUGAAUAAAGAGGAAUAACCACUCAGAAGGAGGAAUAUGAAACCAUUCCUUUUAUUAGAACCAUAACCGUUCACAUUUUGUACUGUCAAGUGAAGAUCUGAGCGAUAAGAAGCAGCAUGCUGAUAAAGAAGAUUGCCACUGAUCAAAGGAGUGAUUAGAAUUGUAGAGUGAAAGGUUUCAAGUCUUUGUGUUGUUUCUUGCAAAUUGAAUCUUCCUGGGCUUAGUAGCGCUUCGAAAUUUUCUACUGUGUUGGUCCCUGGAAACUAUAUGGUACAUUGGAAUGCUUGAGCUUAUUUAAAGCAUCAAAUUCCGCCAAUGGCUGAGCCUUCUCCGACCACGGGUUCCUUUUUCAAGCCUCAGAUGAUGCAAUCAUCUGGUGAAAAUGCAGCGAUUAUGUUAGAGAAAAAUUUCGCUAGUGGUAAUGCUGUAGAUGAAAGAACUUCCAGUGGUUUUGAAUUUAGGUUUCAUACUGGAGUUAGUACCACAUCAGGAUUAUCUUCUGCAGGGAUGUCGAUUCCUGUAGGAAUGAAUCGAAAUGGGCUAGUCACUCAUCAAGAUCAGCGAUAUUCUCAAUCUGCUGCACCCUCUUCUUUAGCAUCACAAUCUCAUGCAGUAGCUCGACAGGAUUCAUCUGUCUAUGAUAAUAUUGAUGAAUCAAAUCAAGGGGCGCAGUCCAAUACGGGUACACAAGCGUCAGUUUCUGAGCAUAAAGAUAGCAGCUCGUCAGUCUCAGCUGAAAGAACAUCAGAAGAUGGGUAUAACUGGAGAAAAUAUGGGCAGAAACUGGUUAAAGGAAGCGAGUUUCCACGAAGUUACUACAAAUGUACAUAUCCUAACUGUGAGGUGAAAAAAAUCUUUGAACGCUCUCCAAGUGGACAUAUUACAGAAAUUGUGUACAAGGGUUCACAUGAUCAUCCCAAACCUCAAAGUGCACGUCGGCACAAUCCUGGGGCUCUUAUGUCCAUUCAAGAGGAUAAAUUGGACAAGGGUUUAUCAUUGGCUGGUCAAGAGGACAAGAUGAACGCUAAUAAUAUGGAGCAAAGUGGCUCUCCCAUGCUGUCACCUCUGCAAACAAAUGAGGAGGGAAUAGAUGGUUCAGGUUCACAGUUUCAUGGCCAAAAUGAUGAUGCUGAAGAUGAUGAUCCUUUCUUGAAACGAAGGAAAAUGGAGGAUGGUACUGAUGUUACACCAGUUGUGAAACCCAUUCGUGAACCACGAGUUGUUGUUCAAACUGUGAGUGAGGUUGAUAUAUUGGAUGAUGGAUAUCGCUGGCGUAAGUAUGGCCAGAAAGUUGUCCGAGGAAACCCAAAUCCUAGGAGUUACUACAAGUGCACGAAUGCUGGAUGCCCUGUGAGGAAGCACGUGGAGAGGGCAUCUCAUGACCCGAAAGCUGUUAUUACAACGUACGAGGGGAAGCACAACCAUGACGUCCCAAUUGCACGAAACAGCAGCCACGAAUUCGCUGCAAGUACGGCAUACGCAGGAACAUCUAAGAUGAGAGCGCAUUCGAUUAGCCUUGACCUGGGUGUUGGAAUAGGGCCAGCAGCAGCAGCAGGUGAACAGAAAAGCCAGGAAGGUUUGGAUGGUGAAGCUGGAGCUGGACCAACCCAAAAUAAUCAAAUCUAUGAAAUUGUGAAUCUGUACGGAAAUAGAGAAGCUCAUAACUUUCAGACGCCGCCCAUAAAUGCCUCUAACCAAUGUCAGCAAAACCUUGGAAGAAUACUUAUGGGGCCUUAAAAUUGUUGCCGAAUAUUAUCAAUAUAUAUUAUCAUAAAUAAUUUUUAUUUUCA